AUGCCGGCUCCUCAUGUUUCUAAGAAGCAAAAAACGGCAGGCGAUGCCGCCACCGCCGUCGCCGCGCACUUCCCGCGGGACGUCCUCGCCUGCGUCCUUCAACGCCUCCCGGCUAGCGACCUCCGCCGCUUCCGUCGCGUCUCCAAGGAAUGGCGCGAGAUCAUCUCCGACCACGCCUUCAUCGCCGCGUACAUGGGGGCCCACGGGCCUCGGCGGGCCUCGACCCACACCGUCGUCUUCUUUCAGGGCCCUGGAGCCCAAGAGCUGUCCAACGGCGUCGGCUUCCUCUUCGACGAGCAGUGGAGACUCGCGGCCAGGUUCACGGCCGGCGAGACGGACGCCAUGAUCGGCACGUGCAACGGCCUGCUCUGCUUCCUCGAUUUCCCCAAGGGCGUCAUCAGGGUCGUCGAGCCCUUCACCGGCGACUCGAUCGCCGUGCCGCUGCCGUCCGCCGGCGCGUCCAGGACCCGCGCGUACUGCUUCGGCUUCGACGCCACGGCGAGGCGAUUCAAGAUCGUCCACGGCUGUUUCGAAGCGAAGGUCGUUUACGACGGCUACUUCUUUCUCCCGAGCAUUGGCAGCCCGGCGGAGCAAGAGCUGCGCGUGUUCACGGUCGGAGAAGACAAAGGCUGGAGGACAGUGCGCAUACGCAGUGCCGCGCACGGCGUGUUCUACGGGGACCCGGCGUGCGACGGCGGGGCCGCGUACUGGUACAGCCAAGGGAUGAACGGGAUCUUCCGGUGCGCGCGGUUCGAUCUGGGGACGGAGAAGAUCAGGUCGGUCCGUGGCCGGCUGGUCGACGGCCAUGGCCACAUAUCCUGCCGGCAUGCGCGGUGGUUGCCGCCGUCGUUAGAGAUGUGCGUCAUCGGAGUCAGGUGGUUCGGCGAGUGGGAGCACGGCUGCUGGGCGGACAGCAUCGACGCUGUGGCGCACGAGACCUACGCCGUGGCGAUGCCCAAGGGGCGGCGCCUCCCGGGGCCGCACGCGCUGUAACGGGGGCACCUGCUGCUGCAGGAGGAGGAUGGGACUCUGAACAGUGAUGAUUGAGAUAGAUACCAUGGAGGUGGAGGAGGAGCCCACCGUGAUGUACCGGUUCGGUCCGGUUAGCCGGCGGGGAAAGGUCCCGGUGGUGGUAGGACGUUUUCCACACAAAGAGCAUGAUGUAAGCACAUUUGCCUACGUUCCGACGGUGUCUCCGGCUCCCUUCGCGCUUUACUUGGGCACGCCUCUUGUGGAUCUGCAAACCAACGGUUGAUUUGUAUCCCUUGUUUCCAAUCAAUUCCAUUUCUCUAUCAUUGAUUCGUUAUGAGCUUUUAAUACAUCUAGUUCAUGAUCAGAUGUCCCCUUCUACAAUCUCCAACAAUUACGAAAUAAUUUGAGAGUCCAAAAAUGAAAAGCUGAAAUCAGCGGUUCAUUGUAUCUCUAUUCAGUUUAUCAUUUCCACCUUCAUCUGAUGCACUGAUAGAUUUAAUGCUUACAAUAACAAUUACUAUUUGAAAUACUGCUACUGCUAAGUAAGACGGCAGCACCAACUCUGAGCAUAUGCUUAACAGUUUGUCAUGACAAUUUUGUUGGGGAAAUAGAACUGCACACUGGUUGAACAACGAACUCUUAAGACUAUAAUACAUCUUUCAUGAAAGCAUCCAUCGGCGUAUUCAA